ACACGUCAUCCGGGUCACAUCCGUAUACAACCAUGGCGCCACAUGCGUACGGAUUCUCUUUUUCAUAAUGAGCAUAUUGUUGUUAAUCUUUUUAUUUUCGCCUUCCUAAUAUUUGACAGAAAGCUGAUUGGUUACAAGCAUAUGUUCCGUUUUUUAAACGUGGUAUUUUGAGCAAGUUUAGUGAGUCGAAUGUAAACUGUGCGCUGCUGCUAUGAAAGGGAAACGGAAGGGAAAGCAGAAGGGCAACGCCGUGUUGCAGAAGUACAUGGUGGCGGUGGGCGAGUUUGUCAAGAACAAAAGUGGCGCCGAUGAAGCAGAGGAUGACGCCGGUUUGAGGUCGGUCAAAAGGAAAAGCAGAAAGGAACUCCGCAAGGAGAAGCGAAAACUGAAGAAAAUCCGAAUGAAAAGUCACUACGAAGGUAAAAAGAAAAAUCUGCCCAGCGGUGAUGGUGAACAGGCUGUAAUACCUCAAAAACAGAAGGCAACAGGUGGCAACAAAAAGGACGAGGUCAAAAAAGUGCCAAAAACUAUUACAAAGAAACAAGAAAAGCCCAAAGCGGCACCCACGAAAACCAACAGGUAUCAAGAGUCGAGGAAGAAGGCGCUUUUAGAGGCCAAUGAACAAGAGGACCGAGAAAUAAAGAAACUAGAGCGCUACUUGAAAUUAAACAAGAGGAAAAACAAGAAAAGCAUACCUCAGUCAUUUGUGGCUGAUGGACUGGACUAUAUCCUGGGUGCUCUUGACACCGGCACUUUGACCGCAGGAAUGUACGACAGCGAUGACAACAUGGACCUCGCCAAGGACAACUUUAAACAGCUGGAUGUGGACGACUUAGAGGAGGACGAAAUGGCCCUCGCAAGUGAUGGUGAAGAUUUAACUGAUGAUGAGGGUGAAGGAGUGGAGGAGGAGGAUGAAGUACCAAGUGAAGAUGAUGAGUCGAUGGAUGCCGAACUGGAGGACGAGAAUGUCAUUAAUGAGAAUGAGGAAAGCGAAGAAGUUGCAGAGCACAUUCCCACCCAUGCGGCGGGCAAGUAUGUGCCUCCUCACAUGCGCGAUGCUGGUGGCGAACAACGCAAAGCUGAGUUGGAGAAACUGAAGAAGAAUGUGAAGGGCCUCAUUAACAGGCUGAGCGAGCCCAACAUGUCGUCCAUCGGCGGCCAGCUGGAGGCUCUCUACAUGAGCCGCAGCAGAAAGGACAUGAACGAGACCCUGACAGAGGUGCUACUGGCCGCCUGCAUCACGCCGGCACUGAUGCCCAACCGGCUGCUGAUGGAGCACGUCCUCCUGGUCAGCAUCCUCCAUCAUACCGUGGGCUUGGAGGUAGGAGCCCAUUUCCUGGAGACAGUCGUGCGACUUUUCGACGACACAUACAAGCACCCGGGCGAGGACAAAGAGUGCGACAACCUGGUUGCCGUCGUGGCGCACCUCUACAACUUCCAGGUGGUGCACUCGCUGCUCAUCUUCGACAUCCUGCGGCGCCUCUUGGCCGUCUUUGGAGAGAAGGACAUUGAGCUGUUGCUGUUCGUGCUGCGUAACGUCGGCUUCUCGCUGCGGAAGGAUGACCCCCUAGCCCUCAAGGAGCUCAUCGCUGAAGCCCAGCGCAAGGCGGCCGAAGUCGGGAAGAAAUUCCAGGACCAAACCAGAGUCCGUUUCAUGUUGGAAACCAUGCUGGCAUUGAAGAACAACGACAUGCGCAAGAUUCCGGGCUACGAUCCAGAGCCUGUGGAGAAGCUCAAGAAACUGCAGAGAAGUUUGAUCCAGCGCAACGCCGCAGGAAGUGACAUGAAACUGCGGGUGUCUCUGGACAACCUUCUGUCGGCCGACCAGGUGGGCCGCUGGUGGAUCGUCGGCUCGUCGUGGAGCGGCGCACCCAUGAUCAGCGAGCAAGAGCAUAAAAGCGUUGGCGAAGGGCAGUUCACCGCCAAAGUCCUGGAACUGGCUCGAAAGCAGCGGAUGAACACGGAGGUCCGAAGGAACAUCUUCUGCGUGCUCAUGACCAGCGAGGACUACUUGGAUGCCUUUGACAAGCUGCUGAGGAUGGGGCUGAAAGACAAACAGGAGCGUGAGAUUGUCCACGUGCUGAUGGACUGCUGCCUGCAGGAAAAAACCUUCAACGGCUUCUACGCCGUGCUGGGAGAGAAAUUCUGCGCUCACGACCGCCACUUCCAGAUGACCUUCCAGUUCAGCCUGUGGGAUAAAUUCCGGGAGCUUUCCAACCUUCCCUCCAGGACUUUUAACAAUUUGAUCCAGCUCGUGACCCGCUUCCUCCAGAACAAGUGCUUCUCGCUCUCGCUGCUCAAAGUCAUCGAGUUCGGAGAGCUCGACAAGGCCAAGGUGCGCUUUCUACGCCAAGUCUUGACUCGACUGCUCACAGACACAGAGCCCGAGGAUGUCAUCGGCAUUUUUUCAAGGAUUUCUGGAAUUCCCCAGCUGCGAAUGCUGCGCGAGGGCCUGAAGCUUUUCAUCAGCCACUUCCUGCUUAAGAGCGCCGUGCCGCAGGACGCCGUGCCGCAGGACGCCGUGCUAACGGAGCGCGCUCGCAUCGCCACCCAGGCCAUGGAGGCCAAAGAGGCCAAAGUCAAACUGUAACCCCAUCCCCCCCCUUCAAAAGAAGGAAUAUGAUUUUUUAAAAAAAUUAAAUCCAUCCACAAUAACUUUUCUGUAGCGCUCGUCAUCAUCGGGGUUGCGGGCGACGACUUCAUAUGUGCGAAUGGAAACGUCAAUUUUAUUUGUAUGCGUCAUGCAUUUCGCUGUAGCUCCCGAAAGCUUUUCGGUGUGGUGUGAACAAGCAAUGAGGUGUAUACAGUGGGAUCAAUGGGCUCACUGUGUGCGCUCCACACCCUGACCUUUGCGUGCCACUUUGUAGCCAGCAGCCUUUACCUGCCCCGUCGGGUCUGACCCCAGUCUGAACUCUUGAGCUGUCGCCGCGAAAGCAAACACGGCGAGAAGAUAACGCAGGUGCUUCGCUCGAACAGCCUGUGACUAAACGAUUGAAUUGACUACAGUGGUAAGAGUGACGGCGAAGGCUUUUGUAUUUCCUGUGGAUGGCUAAAAAUACCCCCAAAUGGUUUCAUGUUUGUCAUUUUUGCCAAAUUAUUUUGUUUAAUGAAUGUGAAAUGAGCCCUAAAAUGAGAUUUUCGGGCUGACAUAAAAGUCUAUACACCCCU